AUGCCUCCACGACCACUCUGGCUCAUCAAAGAAGACGAGAUCACAGAAGAGUUCUUGAAAGGAGGCAGAGGACCCGGUGGCCAGAAAAUUAAUAAGAGCAAUAGCAAGGUUCAACUAACGCAUAAACCUACGGGAAUUGUGGUUACAUGCCAAUAUUCGAGGUCUCAAGAGCUGAAUCGUAAGCGAGCCAGAGAGAUUUUGGCAUUGAAGUUGGAGGAGCUAGAAAAUCCAGACAAUUGCCGGACGGCAGUGAUUAACCAACGCAAAAUGAUGGUCAAAAAGAACAAGUCAAAAAAGUCGAAAAAAAAGUAUACCCAGGUUGACGAGGAUAGGCAGGCCCAGCCUUGA